UUUGAUGUAUAUGACGGCGCCUGUACCACCGUACGCGCCUAUAGCAAGAAUUUGUGUAAACAACACCUGCACCCAGCACGUCAUAGCCGGUUCUUCAAGUCUCCCCACUCUCCCCACUACUGAGUCUGUCGUUAUAAAUGGCGGAGCGAGCCUUGGGCAGUCAGUCUCGGCUCUGGCGAGGCUUGGUGCACUAGUUGUAUCUUGCUAGCUUAUCCCUGACUCUAAUCUUUCUAAUUACUUUGUGUAAAUUAGAAAUUAUAUAACAAUAGAUUACUUAAUCUUAGAACUAUAUCUAACUCUGUUAGACGAUUGAUUAAAAUACAGUUAUAAUUUGAAAUUUAAGUGGCAUUUUAUUAUUAAUAUGUCUGACCCAAAUCCUAUAUCAGAAGUGGGAUCGGAUCCGCCCCACAACCCGGGUUCCGUUAAUUUAAUGGAACAGCAAAUGUCUCUUUUCUCUUCUGGCAUGGAAGCCAUUUUUAAGAAAAUUGCAGAUAGUUUAAAUUCUCAAUCUGUGGAUUCAUCAAUACCUAUCAAGUUGGUGCCAUUUGACCCGGAUGAAACCGAUUCAGACAUAACCAAUUGGUGCACUUUAAAUGACAUAAUUAUUGAGAAGAAAAAUUUAGAAGGCGUUGAUUUGAUUAUUGCUCUUACCCACUGUCUUAAAGGUCGUGCCGCGACAUGUCUCACAAAAAUACAGCCUAAUCAAAUGACCUGGCAGAGCAUUCGGGAAAUAUUAAUUUCGAACUUUGCAAAACCAAUGAUGAUGCAAGAUUAUUUUGAUCAAGUCAUUAAGUUUCGCCUUGGUAACGAUGAAACUCCAGCUGAAGCAGGCAUGCGCCUAUGGCAGCUAAUAGAAAAAAUUCCGAACACAAAUUUGCCGGAAAAUGUUACAACUGGAUUUGCAAUAUCAGUUUUAUCUCAAUGCAACGACAAAAUAUGUCGCGAACUGAGUUCAGCUAUUAUAAACAGCAAAUAUCAACUGUUUCGGAUUCUACGAAGCUUUACACUUAAAAGAACUCAUGAAGAUUCUUCUAUGACUGAAGUAGAACGGAAAAAGUUCCGUCCUUUUAGAGGCGCUUGUAAUGUUUGUGGGAAAACUGGACAUCGGGGCAGUGAAUGCAGACUACGCAGUAAUAAAAAUGGUUCUGUUUUAGUUAAAUUGGAUUCUUCAAAAGCAAAGAGCUACUGCUACAUCUGCCAAGACUCCAACCAUAUUGCCAGUGGCUGCCCCAAGCGGUAUACGAAAAAAGAAGACGACUCCUCGGGUAUCAAGCAAGUCAACUUAUGCUGUAAAACUGCACAUGGUGUCCUAGAAACGAAUGGUAACUGAUGUAACAGAGAUAUGGGAUAAGGCGCGUGCGAGGACGCACGCAUGUCAGUAUGGCCGUGACGGCGCCUGUACCACCGUACGCGCCUAUAGCAAGAAUUUGUGUAAACAACACCUGCACCCAGCACGUCAUAGCCGGUUCUUCAAGUCUCCCCACUCUCCCCACUACUGAGUCUGUCGUUAUAAAUGGCGGAGCGAGCCUUGGGCAGUCAGUCUCGGCUCUGGCGAGGCUUGGUGCACUAGUUGUAUCUUGCUAGCUUAUCCCUGACUCUAAUCUUUCUAAUUACUUUGUGUAAAUUAGAAAUUAUAUAACAAUAGAUUACUUAAUCUUAGAACUAUAUCUAACUCUGUUAGACGAUUGAUUAAAAUACAGUUAUAAUUUGAAAUUUAA